AUGUACAGCACAGGCCUCCUCGUUCUAUCGUCAGUGACGAAGAAGCAAACUCUUGGAUCACUAUUAACGUCGGCAUCCAGCUUCAUAAAGCAUGAACUUUUUGUUUCCUUUCCCACAGCAACAAAGUUCGGAAUUGACUUUUGGAAAUUCGCGGUUUCACUGUGCUACAACACAGCGUCAGAAGUAUGUCCAUUGCUGGACGUACGCCUGGUGUUGCCAGCAACCGAUCUCAAAGAUCAUCUCAUAAAAUUCGAUGUGGUUCUAACCCACGACCAAUCCCGUGAUCAGGCUCUGCAUUAUGCUCGAAUUUUAAAUCCACAUUUUAAUAACGAUGUUUUGGUUACCUCUGUCGAAAAUAAUCCGGGAAACAAGACGAGCGAGUUUCUAGAAGCGGAGAAAGAUACACGCAUCUUCGAUAGUCAUGAUCAUGUUUGCCUUGGUGGUACCUUCGACCGCCUGCACAAUGGCCAUAAAAUCUUACUUUCUACUGGAGCGUUGUUGACAAAACGUAGCAUGUUGGUUGGAAUUACAGGUGACACAAUGCUAAAGAGCAAACACCUAGCUCCUCUCAUUCAAUCUUUCAAUCGUCGUCGCAGUGAUAUUCAGUCUUUUCUCUUGGAUAUCGGUUUUCCCAAGUCCAAACUGGAGAUAGUCGAGCUUACGGAUGCCUAUGGUCCACCAGCCUACCGUUCCGAAUUUGGCUGCAUUGUCGCCAGUGCCGAAUCCGUAGAUAACUGUCACAAACUCAACGAAAUUCGCACUUCCCAUGGGCUUAAUCCAGUGCGAAUCGAAGCAAUUGACUUGGUCAAUGAACCUCGGUGCAGCCCGGAAAGCUUGCCAGACGAAGUUUAUGAACCGAAGCUGAGUUCAUCAAUACAUCGCUUCAACCUGUUGGGCACGCUUUUGAGACCCGUUAACGUCGACGCAGUCAACCAUCGUAAAGCCCGUCUACCCUAUGUGAUCGGUUUGGCAGGACCCUCUGGUGCUGGUAAAUCCGCACUGGCUCGUAGGUUGGCUGAUGUCAGCCCUUCGGUUCAUGUGGUUGACUGUGAUAAACUUGGGCACGAGGCGUACAGACCUGACACUCCCUGUUACAAGGCACUCCUGAACCAUUUUGGAUUCGAUGCCAUCGCAUGUCCGGAACCACCACAUGAAAUCGAUCGAGCCAAACUGGGAAAGAUUGUUUUCGCCGAUGCACAACGUCUUAUUGAAUUAAAUCAACUAGUUUGGCCGGAAAUCGAGCGUCAGGUGCAAGAAUUCUUAGUGCAACUGGAAGAAAAGUCGUCUAACUCGAAGAGUCCUGAUUCCAGACCAAUUGUUAUUUUGGAUGCAGCUGUCCUCUUACAAGCCAAUUGGGAUCGAUUUUGUGAUGAGGUAUGGAUCGCAAUUUUAACGAAAGAUGAAGCUCACCGUCGCAUACGCGAACGAGGACAUUUGUCAUGUGAAGUGGCUGCGGAACGGUUGGCGCGUCAGGCAGGAGCUAUUGCGGAGGCGACCGGUGGUUUGGACUGGUGGGAUGUAGGACAGGUUGAUACUGGUUGUGGCCCCGUCGGCCGGGCACACGUAGUUCUCAGUACGCAGUGGGAACCAGAAUGCUCUCAAAAACAAGUGGAGAAAGCCUUCAAGCUACUGAAAGAGCUCCUCAAGCCUCGACACCCCCUCUAUCUGGUCGCGUUCAAUGUUCGCACUCUGAAGCAAGCAGGACAACAAGCUGCUCUUGCACUCGCACUGGACUCGCUUGGCAUUGAUGUGUGCUGUGUCUCAGAAACGAGAAUUCAAGAUGCAAGCACAGUGGUUGAGUUAACCGCCCCGUCAGUCUCCACUCGCUUCCGGCUACGCACCUCUAGUGAUCCAGAGGCUGCUGCGGUGGGGUGUGCAGGGGUUGGUAUUGUGCUAAGUCACCGGGCGGAAGUAUCCUUACUUGACUGGAUACCUGUUGAUCGUCGCCUCUGUGCGGUUCGUCUGGCAACGUCUGUGAAGGAGUCUCACAAGCGGCAAGUUGAUAGAUGUCUGUUUAUCGUGUCUGCCUAUGCCCCAAUUGACUGUAGCUCUGACGCCGUCAAGGACAGGUUUUACGACGUCCUGAAUGCUCUGCUGCGGCGAGCUAAAAGCUCAGACAUUGUGGUGGUUGCCGGAGAUAUGAAUGCGCAAGUGGGCAGGCUCAGUGCAUCUGAGACUCAAUUGGGAGGUCGACAUGGACUGGACUCGGUACGUACGGACAAUGGGGAACGAUUGCUUCAGCUGUGUGCUGAUCGCAGGCUGUUUUUAUGCAGUACUAACUUCCGAAAUAGCCGAAGUCGUCUGGCCACUUGGUGUCCUCCUACAACAGGCCGGCCACAAACUCAAAUCGACCACGUUGCCAUCGGUUACCGAUGGCGCGGGUCCAUAACUGACUGCCGGUCGUUUUGGAACACAUUUGUGCACUCUGACCACGCGCUCGUCCGGAGUUGCUUCGCCCUACGUUUCCCGGGGCCGCGUAAGGUGCGGACAAAUCGCAUGGCAACUGAAAGAUUGGCAGAUCCGGAUGUCAGACGAACUUACAAGAAUAGUCUUCUAGAGUCUCUCCCAAAUGCUCCACCAUCAGAUGUGAACUCAUACUGGGACGAGAUUGCCACCUCUUUGCAUACCUCGGUGGUUUACGACUGCAUACGUUCUCUCAAGUGCCACCGAGCUCCCGGUCCGGAUGACCUUCCACCCGCACUGUUCAAAGACGGGGGUGAAGUCCUCAGUCAGCCCUUAUCCGAUCUGUUUGCUUGCAUUUGGGAAAAGGAGUCUGUCCCAGACAACUGGGGAGAAUGGGUGGUAGUGCCCGUUGUCAAAAAGGGGCGCGUAGUGAAUUGCCUGAGUGAAUGUCUGGAGGUGCUUUCAAAUAAAUCAUGGUUGUACGGCAGUGAGGCAUCGGUGUUGAACACUGAUGUCAUGCUGUCGAUGAUGAUGAUGAUGACCAUGAAUUACCUAUUUGCAAAUGAAAUUUCGGGCGUCGAUUUAAUUUUUCUGCUCCACUUUCUUAUGGUGUCCCAAAGGUCUGAGAAUGCGUUUUUCAGGGUGCUUCAUGUCAAAUUUAGUAAACGAGAGAUUCAGACCGCUCUCCACACGUUUGCAAGUUCUACCCCCUCUAUUCUAUUCACACUGGGAUGCUUGGCGAUUUCCACCGCCUCGGCCACCAGUCGCUGUGGUGUGAAUCUUAAACCCCGUCUCAGGAUGUCCACAUUUUCUAAAUCUAUCUUAUGCCCAGUGUCUAGAGCAUGCCCUGCCAUUGCUGAAUCUUUGACUAACGCUUGGUAUUCCUCUGCGUUUCUCGGUGGUUUGUUAAUGGAACGCUUAUGCUCACCGAUUCUGUCGUUACAUUUUAUUUUGUAUACACAGUUCCUAGUCCUAUCAACCGGAAGGCGAUCCUUCAAAUGCACCAACACCGAGCGUAAAGUUUUCCCCUUCUGGAAAGCUACUCUAAUUCGCUUUUUUACCUCGAGCUGUGCUGCUCUUCGGUCGACCUCCUCUGUACACAGUGCUCUCACUCUCCUAAACAUCGCUGAGGCUAUGCUAGCAUAUACUGCUUUUGGAUGUGCAGAGGAGUAG